UUUUGUGAUUUUCCAGCUAUUCCUUUGUCAGCUCUGAUGUCUGAAGAUAAAUGAUUCAAUGAUUUCUCUGUACUGGAGGCUGAAAUGGGAAGACAAAUUACCCAUAUCUCAGGCAUUUACUGCGUGACUAGAAUCAGACCAGGGUCAAAGUUGACCAAGAUGGUUGUGAAAACUGAGGAAGAGGUUAUCCAAAACUCUAUGACAGAGGAUGAUCCGAAUUCAAAUUCGGAGGCAGCUUCAAGUAAACAACCAAGAUGGGGCCCACAGCAUGCAGGUGCCAAAGAGUUGGCCUCUCAUUACUCCAAAGGGAAAAGGGUACAAGAAACUAUAUGUUUAACUGUUAGUAUUGCAUUGAUGGCCUUUAACCUGAGUGCCCUGGUGCUUCACUUCAAAGUAGAAAAUUGGUACAUGGUCCUGAUCUGCUCAUUGUUAGGAAUAGUGGUGGCUGACUUCUUUAGUGGACUGGUUCACUGGGGAGCAGACACCUGGGGCUCCAUAGAAAUCCCGGUCAUUGGCAAGGCCUUUAUCCGUCCUUUUAGGGAGCAUCAUAUAGACCCCACCUCCAUCACGAGACAUGAUUUUAUAGAAACCAACGGUGAUAAUUUUGCCGUCGUAGUCCCCUUUCUGGGUCACAUGGCCUACAAGUUCGUCACGCUGUCUCCAGAGGAAAUUGACAAGACGUACAACUGGGAGUGCUUUGUGUUUUUACUGGCCAUCUUUGUCAGUUUGACCAAUCAGUUUCACAAGUGGUCUCAUACCUAUUUUGGAUUACCCAAGUGGAUAACUUUUCUACAAGACGCGCACAUUAUCCUACCGAAAAAGCACCACCGAAUCCACCAUGUGGCACCCCACGAGACCUAUUUCUGUAUCACCACGGGCUGGCUCAAUUAUCCACUAGAAAAAAUAGGCUUCUGGACAUCUCUAGAAGACUUGAUUGAAAGAUCCACUGGGAAUAAACCAAGGGCGGAUGACUUCAAGUGGGCCCAGAAAUGUCAAUGAUGAUAAUUUAGAUAAGAUAUAUAUUUUUGAAUUUAUAUGCUGUAUUUAUAAGGGGGAGACAAAUAUGUGUUACCAAUCUGGGUUUGAUGUACCUGUGUCACAGAACCAAUCAUUUUUGAGGAGAACAACCAAGAUCCUGGUAAUGUGUAGUUUUUGUAUUCUUUUACAAGCAAAAAGAAAAAAUCAAUUAUAAAAUUGUACUUUUUACAUGUCUUGUAGUUUUUUUCUUUGCAUUUUUAUUCCUUUUCAUUUGUAUGUGUAUCCAAAUAGACCAAGUUUGUUUAAUGAUUUUGAACUUUACUAUUUUAUGAUUUUGAACUUUACUAUUUAAAUUAUUAGACCCUGGAAGAUGUGCAAUAGCAGAAGGGAGAACUGUUUCUGUGUUGCUUUUAG